GUACGUGCAAAAACCAAGGUCCCCAUAAAUAGCGAAAUUUCACGAAAACCCUAAUAGCAGUCGUUUUUUCCUUUGGGAUUUGCAGGAAGAAAAUAGAAGAGAAGAGAGCGAUGAAGGUUGUUGCGGCGUACCUCCUAGCGAAACUCGGCGGCAAUGAGAAUCCAUCCGUUGGUGAUCUGAAGAAGAUCUUGGAAUCUGUUGGUGCAGAGAUCGAUCAAGUGAAGAUAGAUUUGUUUUUCUCUCUGAUCAAAGAUCACGAACUGACCGAGCUUAUCGCGGUUGGACGAGAGAAGAUGGCUGCUCUAUCUUCCGGUGGCCCUGCGGUUGCGGUUGCUGCCGGUGGAGGCGGUGCCGCUGCUCCUGCUGCUGAGCCUGCGGCGGCUGAGAAGAAGAAGGAAGAGGAGAAAGAGGAAUCAGAAGACGAUGGUGGAAUGAUGAGUCUCUUCGAUUAAUCUUGAUGGUAGAAGUUUCGGUCUGCGUAUUAUUUUCUCCCUUUUUAUGCCUUUUUCAUAACUAGGGCUUCUAGAUUCGUGUGGUUUCCUGGAUUAUUAUAGUUCUGGUGAGAAUAAAUAUUUUGAAUAAUGAAGUUUUUUCUAUGAAUUCUAAAGGGAUUUUGCUAGUGUUUAACUCAGACUUCAGCAUCAUAUAAAUAAACGUAUUCUGUU